GGGAGGGGGCUGUGUUGCGCGCGCGUGCUCGUGUGUGUGCGUGUGCAGACUUGCGUGUGUGUAUACGUGCGUACGUGGGCGGAUGAUUAGCAUGCCUACAUACCUACUUAUAGUACGGCCUGGAAUGGGCGGACGGUUUAUUUCCAUUUCUUCUCUCCCGAUGGAGGCCCCUGGCCUGGGUGCCGGACGGGACAUAACUGGAUGAGGGGGAGGCACCCGAGGGAAGGAUUCAGGGCAGCUUAUUCCCGAUUUGGCACACGUGUUCCUGUUUCAUGCACCAUGCGAAGGGCGACGAGUUACGACGACGGCACCGCUUACUGAGGCAGAUGCGUGCGUGUGUCUCGGCAUGGCUGUUUCGAAACAUGGACGCCCGGGCCAAUCGCUUCAGAGGGAGGCCGAGGGCGAUGGAGACGGACCCCGAAAGCCUGGAGUCGCAUCGCAUCGUCUCGCGCUCUCUCGUUCCCUCCGCUCGAAACCCCCCUGUCAUGCUCACCAGGCCCAGAGACAGGCACCAGAGCGCGACCAUUGCCAGCAUUCCGCAACUUGCAUCACUUUAAAUUGGCAUGGCCGUGUUCUUACCAAUUCCCCAGGCUAUUAUUAUUGCCGUCGGGUGGUUCCCUCAUUUCUAAAUAUUGCUCUUAUCCUUGUUAGCAUGCGUAGUAUAGGUGUAGAGCUUGUCUCUUUCUCUUGGUGUCUAUGCGCCUCUCAGAACCGACGGCGGGUCCUGUUUUCUUCGGUGAUGCUUCUGGCAUUCCGACCCUGUCUCUGCUCCUUCGCCUCAAUAGCCGGUCUGCCUUGGUAUCUUGACUUUUCCCCUCCCCGUCUUGGUUUUGUGUCUCGUCAUCCUCUCUUAUUUUUUUCCGUGCCGUUAUACCGUCACUCUUUUUUUUGCCCUUCGCGUCACUCUCUUCUCGGCCCACCGACAACUCACUCCAUUGUUUCCUUGUCCCAGGCGUAAUUCGCAUCGCACGUUCCUUUGUCCUAGUCUUUCUCUUUUCCGUCCUUCUUCGCUGUGUAUCUCUUGUCGUCGAUCUGUUCUAGUCCACUCGGUUUAAUAUUGCCUGCAUUGUCUCCUCUAUAUCCCUCGGCUUGUAUGUCCCAACCAAGGUUACAUCACUGCUCGUAAUAGUAGACGACUCGUA